UAUUUAUUUAUUUUUCCGCCAACGUUUUUGUAAGCGAUCUGCUCUGGUCUCGCUCUCACUGUUCUUCUUCCAUUUCUCAAAUUUUCGAUCUUCAUUUUUCUUGGGAGACAAGAUGGUGAAGGGACCAGGACUUUACAGUGAUAUAGGGAAAAAGGCUAGAGAUCUUCUUUACAAAGACUACCAUGCCGACCACAAGUUCACCCUUACAACUUACACAGCGAAUGGCAUCGCUCUUACUUCAACAGGAGUUAAGAAAGGUGAUACACUUUUGGCUGAUAUCGCUACACAGAUUAAGAACAAGAACAUUACAACAGACAUCAAAGUGGACACAAACUCUAAUCUCGUAACAACCAUUACGGUUGAUGAACCUGCACCUGGGCUGAAGACAAUCUUUAGCUUCAUUGUUCCUGAUCAAAAGUCUGGUAAGGUGGAACUCCAGUACUCACAUGACUAUACAGGUAUCAGCUCGAGCAUUGGGUUGACUGCAAAUCCCAUUGUUAACUUUUCGGGUGUAGUUGGAAAUGGUACUGUUGCUGUCGGAACUGACAUCGCCUUUGACACUGCUUCUGGGAACUUCACCAAAUACAAUUCUGCCUUGAGUUUCACCAAUGCUGAUCUCAUUGCUUCCCUGGCCUUGAACGAUAAGGGUGACACCCUAAUUGGUUCAUACUACCACUCUGUGAGCCCCUUGACCAAUACGGCUGUUGGUGCUGAGAUGACUCAUAUCUUCUCAACCAAUGAAAACACCUUGACAAUUGGAACCCAGCAUGCGCUGGAUCCAUUGACUGCAGUGAAGGCUCGAGUCAAUAACUAUGGGAAAGCCAGUGCUCUUAUCCAGCAUGAGUGGCGGCCAAAGUCCCUAUUCACCAUUUCAGGAGAAGUGGACACUAGGGCCAUCGAAAAAAGUGCAAAGAUUGGUCUGGCUUUAGCUCUGAAGCCCUAAAUCAGGGGACAAAUCUUUUUAGGUGGCAAGCAGAGAGAUGAGGGUAUAGGGGUGGUAAGAAAUGGUUUCAUCCCGGUGUGGAAAGCAAUAAGGUAAGCACAUUACUGUCGUCGACUGAUGUUUCUCUUAUUUUUGAAUCUCGGGUUGUAAAAAAUAAUUGUAGCUGGUGUCAUGGACCAGUAUCAUUUCCUCGUAAAAUUUUCAUCCCCUUGGUUUUUAGGACAUAUACAGUCAAUCAGUGGUUAUACUUGGAAUGUUGUUCCAAUUCUUUUGAUGAUGGUUUGUGCUUUUGCAAAACUUUUUUGGGAAUUUAAGGAAAUGUAAACUGGUCGUGUUUUUGCA